AUGUUGGGCCGGAAGGAGCAUACAGAUGCCGGGCUGAAAGGAGCUCGAGUGCCACGCUGGCCGGCUGAGAUAAUGCCACGGGAGGUUGUAAAACGCGAGGCAGGUCCGGGCAAGUAUCAGGCUAAAAUUAAUUCCUUUGCACAAAUGCGUGAAAGUGUUUCUAUGAACAUGAGGCAGAAACAAGCAAGCGUAGGAGCAGAAGCAGAAACACAAAAGCAAAAACAGAAACACAAGCAGAUAUCUAGAAGCAAGCAGAAACAGAAACACAAUAAAAGCAGAUCUAGAAGCAAGCAGAAACAGAAACACAAGCAGAAACAGAAACACAAGCAGAAGCAGAAUCACAAUAGAAGUUGGCGCAGAAGCAGGAACACAAGCAGGAACACAAGCAGAAAGAGGAGCAGAAGCAGAAACACAAUGAAAGCAGAAGUAGGAGCAAACAGAAACAGAAACACCAGUAGAAGCAGAAGCAAAUACAGACGCAGACGUAGAAGCAGAAGCAAAUACAGACGCAGACGUAGAAGCAGAAGCAAAUACAGACGCAGACGUAGAAGCAAAAGCAUGAGCAAAAGCAGAAGCAGGAGCAGGAGCAGAAGCAGAAGUGAAAUCAGUCGCUGA